UUGCCUUGUAGAAGGAGAUGCUAAAGAAGAAAUCUUGCAGCCUCCAGAGCCUCAGCCAGUACCACCAAUCUUAACACCAUCUCCCCCAUCAGCUUAUCCAACAGUAACUACUGUGUGGCAGGACAAUGAUAGAUACCAUCCAAAGCCAGUUUUGCACAUGGUUUCGUCAGAGCAUUCAACAGACCUCAACGAGAAUUAUAAUAAAUCAACAGAACUUUCAGGGAAGAAUGAACCCAGUGCAGAGAAAAGGCUGGAACGCAACUUAAGUUUUGAAAUCAAGAAGGUACCUCUUCAGGAGGGACCACGAAGCUUUGAUGGGAACUCCCUGUUGAACAGGGGACAUGCAAUUAAAAUUAAGUCUGUGUCAUCCUGUGUAAUUGAUAAGAGCUUUAAGCCACAGGAACAGAUUUCAGGGGAUUCAUUUGUAGAUGCUUCUCAAAACUCAUGUCUGGAAUGCAGCGUGCCACAGUCUAGCACAACCUUAAUACCUUCACCGGAAAGUCUGCAGAGUCAGCAGGCUUCUGAUACUCCACCAAGACCAGAUCGUCUGCCUCUGACAGAAAAGGGACAUGCCACGUGGUCACUGCAUGGGCCUGAAACUGCACUGCGUACAUCAGUGUCUGAAGACAUGUCUUCAGACAUCAUAUGUCAUGGCGUUAAAACUCUCUCUCUGGUAUCAAACACCACAGUUGAACAUGCUUCCAGCGAUAAUGUUGAUCAUACUACUAUUUCUGUUCGAGCACCCCUCUGUUUUACUAAUCCUCUUCAUUCAGAUGAUUCUGACACAGAUGAGAUGAACUUUGAUGGAGCCAUGAGCAAAAGCACAUCUAAUGUUUCAACCGCAAGUGCCACAGUUUCUGCUGCCACUAGUACUGAAAACAUUUCUGCCAGAAAAGUGUUGCCAAUGUCUAUUGCUAGGCAAGACUUAACAGCCAUAACAUGUUCUGAAGAUGGCAAAGAUGCUGAAUCUAGUGAAGAUUCCUCUCCCCCGCUCCCAGAAAGAACACCAGAAUCAUUUGUAUUAGCAAGUGAACAGAGCACACUCUUGCCGAAGCCAGUUACGAUUGUACAGUCUGAGUGGAGCAUAUUGCGCGAUCAGCAUCUCCCUGAACAAACAGUCUCUACAGGUUUGAAAACAACUUCACCUGUACUACCUGAUCGUCCUGAGAGAAGCAACAAAACACCAACUGAUGGUUUACCUCAGAUUUCUUUUUCUGGUUCCACUGAUACAAGAGGUCAAAUUUCAGAAUUUCCUGCAGAAGUAACAGAGAUUGGUUUUGGUAACCGCUGUGGAAAGCCCCGAGGACCAAGAGAGCCACCCUCAGAAUGGACAUGAUCCAAGAACCAAUGGACAUACUAUCAAUAAAUUAUACUGGAAAACUCAAGUGCCACUGAGAACUAGAAAAAUAGUAUUCCACUUCUUUGGGGGGCGACUAACACAGAGCAGAGUAGAUCUAACUACCAAAUGGUACAUUCUUACAGUACAUCCCACGCAAAACCUUAAACAUUGUUCACAGCAGUGGAUUCCAGUAUUACAACUUAACUUUUUGCUGGGGCCAUCUACCUGCCUUAUUACACUUAGGAGAAAGUAUUACAUAUGAUUUAUUUUGUAACUUCAAGUAUUAUUGCCUUAAUGUCUUUUAACCCUGUUACACGCUGCUUGUAGACAUAUGUUAAUAUAGUAAUACUUUUGACAGAUUGUGUUUAUGGACUACUUUUUGCUAACGUUUGAUUACCAUGUAUGCAUUAUUUUGUAUAUGUACAGGGCAAGUAAGUAUAUAAUUUGAUAAAGUUGCAAUCAUAAAAUAUUAACAGAAGAUGUAAGAAAUCUCUGCAUGAUCUAAAUUUUUGUGUACCUUAUUUGUAAAUUAUUUGCCCUGAAGUUUUAGAAAAUAGUUUCUGGGGUUUUUUACAAAACUUGCUGGACACACACAGCCAGAAUUGCAGGUUAGCAGAGAUAAAGAUUGUAAUACAUUUUGUAAAUUGUAUGCAAAAGGUUAUUUUUAUAUUAUAUACUGUUUAAUUGUCAGACCUAAUUUGUUCUGGUUUUCAUCUAGUCAUGGAGAUUCAGUAAGUGCCUUGGAACAGUAUUGAAUUCUCUUAGCCUGUGUAUGUUACUUCAGUGUUUUGAGUUCAUCUGGAAUUAGAUUAUCAAAAAUAUUUGUACGUUUCUAGUAUAUUUGACCUGCCAGUAAAAGAGAAACCAUUCUACAUAAUCAACACUCCUUAGUUUUCAUUUUAAUGUUUCAUCAGUUGCAAUCUUUAGAAAAUUCAUCUCUAUCAACUUUCUGUAUAAUAGGGUUUUACAGUUUUAAUAUGGCGUGUUUCUAAUUUGGGAAAACCAGAACACACUGGUAAAAGGACUGUUUAAAUACCACUGUCUUCUCUGACAAA